AAAUGUCGGAACCCAAAAUAUAAAUAUAAAAUUGACAACCAAAUUUUACCUGUGAUUUCCUUUGAACUUGAGCUAGCAAAAUUUAUCGGUCCCCGAUUUAGGGUUCUUUCUCGUUUCUCUCUCAUCCUGAUUUAUCUCCCACUAUCUGUAGGUUCCCACUCUGAAUCAUUGCGUUGUGGGAUCGAGCUGGUGCUGUUUGUUUUUAACCUUUUGCUGUUGUCGAACUGAUCUACUUUUUGGAUUUUUUAAAAAUCGGCUUUUAGAUCAUCACAUAUAUAUAUGUAUGUGUGCUCUGUUGAUUAUUGAUUUGUUGUUGUAAGUGACAGAGGGAAACGAGAUUGGUUCGUGUAUAAAUUAUUGAUUUAUAUAUGGUCGCUGGUUGUUGGGAUUUUUGCAUUUGUGCUUUUUUGUGGUUGAGAUUUGGUGAAUUUGGUCGCGGAAAAGAAUGGAGGUUGAUUUCUACAGCAAUCCAGAUUAAUUUCAUUUGAUGUGAUGUGUUGUAGCUAUGAGCGAAGGAGAAUAGGUUUUAAGGUAUUAAUUUAGUGUUUUUUCGUAACAACCAGCCGGAUUGAGUUGGUCUUGAUAAAUUUUGGGGGAAAUGAUGGAUAAAGGCAUUGAGCAUUUGAUAUCUGCUAGGAAGUUGUUGAAGGAGAGCUUAGAGAAAUCGAGAGCUUUAGGUUCGUCUUUGGAGAAGGUUGGGCCUAGAUUAGACGAGAUCAACCAAAGAUUACCAUCUAUGGAAGUAGCAAUUCGACCUAUUCGUGCUGAGAGUGAGGCUCUGAGCUCUGUUGGUGGUCAUAUAAAUAGAGCUGUAGUCCCUGCUGCAGCAGUUCUCAAGGUUUUUGAUGCCAUCCACGGCCUUGAGAAGUCGUUGUCCGACCCUCAGUCUAACUUGCCCGGGUACCUUAGCGUGCUCAAACGCCUUGAGGAGGCAUUGAGGUUUUUAGGGGAUAAUUGUGGCAUGGCUAUCCAAUGGCUGGGUGAUAUUGUGCAGUAUUUGGAGGAUCAUAAGGUGGCGGACACACGGUUCAUCUCAAAAUUAAAGAAGGCUUUGAAGAAUAUCCGGGAAUUGGAGACUGCUGAGGAGAAGGGCCAUCUUGAUGGUGGGUUGCUUGACGUUGCUUUGGAUAGACUGGAAAGUGAGCUCCAGCGGCUGCUAACUGAGUAUAGUGUGCCGUUGCCUAUGUCCUCACCGGCCUUGCCUGGCGAACAGGCCAGCAUUGCCCCUUCACCUUUGCCCGUGUCCGUGAUUCAGAAGUUGCAUGCUAUAUUAGGGAGGUUAGCUGUGAAUGACAGGCUUGAGAAGUGUAUAUCCAUCUACGUGGAGGUCAGGAGCUCGAAUGUUAGAGCAAGUUUACAAGCUCUCAAUCUGGAUUAUCUUGAAAUAUCGGUGUCUGAGUUCAAUAAUGUCGUGAGCAUAGAGGGUUAUAUUGCUCAAUGGGGCAAGCAUUUGGAGUUUGCCAUGAAGCACCUCUUUGAGGCUGAAUACAAGCUCUGCCACGAUGUGUUUGAUCGGAUGGGACCAGACGUGUCCAAGAGCUGCUUCCCUAAGAUAGCCGCGCAGGCGGGGAUUCUCGCUUUCUUGCAGUUUGGCAGAACAUUGACUGAGAGUAAGAAGGAUCCCAUCAAGCUGUUGAAGCUUUUAGAUAUAUUUGCAUCACUAAAUAAACUUAGGUUGGAUUUCAACCGGCUUUUCGGUGGAGCAGCCUGUGCUGAUAUACAGAACAUGACCAGGGAUCUGAUCAAGAGAGUGAUCGAAGGCUCAUGUGAGAUUUUCUGGGAGCUUUUAGUCCAGGUCGAGCUGCAACGACAAACCCCGCCUCCUGCAGAUUGCAGCAUCCCAAGAGUAGUCACCUUCAUCACUGAUUAUUGUAACAAACUCCUUGGCGAUGAGUAUAAGCCGAUCCUCACUCAAGUUUUAGUCAUCGAGAGAAGCUGGAAGCACGAAAGUUUCCAAGAGCGGAUCCUCAUCACCGAGCUUCUGAAUCUAGUCAAAGCCAUCGAGCUCAACUUGGAGGCGUGGUCAAAGGGCUAUGAAGACGCAGUCCCUUCAUAUGUGUUCUUGAUGAACAACCAUUCACAUCUGUACAAGUAUCUAAAAGGGACGAAGCUAGGAGGCAUUGUGGGAGAGCCUUGGUUGAGCGAACACGACCAGUACAAGGAGUAUUACUCCGCUAUAUUUCUCAGAGAGAGCUGGGGCAAGCUUCCCACUCAUUUAAGCAGGGAGGGUCUGAUCUUGUUCUCCGGGGGGCGUGCCACAGCUCGUAAUCUGGUGAAAGAGCGUCUGAAGGCAUUCAACGAAGCCUUUGAUGACAUGUAUGCAAAGCAGUCGAAAUGGGUUAUUCCUGACAAGGAUCUCCGCGAGAGAACGUGUCAGGCCAUAGUUCAAACCAUUGUGCCUGUUUAUCGCAGCUAUAUGCAGAACUACGGACCAUUGGUUGAGCAAGACCCUAGCACGAGUAAAUACGCCAAGUACACGGCUCAGUCUCUGGAGAAGAUGCUUCUCUCCCUUUUCCUUCCCAAGCUGCCCAAGCAAGUGAGUUUUCAGGUGAAGCAGGCAAGUGGGAAGUUCAGCAACGGGGCCGCGGAUCAGUAUCAGAUGCCUUCAACGGUUAAAUGAUCAAACGCGCAGUGCAGAAAGAGAACUUGACUUUUUAGACGUGCUAUCAAAGGUCCUCUCUUGAUGCUCAUUUUCUUCUCCUGUGUAUUCACUCUACACAAAUACUGCCUGUACAAUUACUUGAGGUAAGUAGAUAUCUCCAGCAGCAUUGGAAAAAAAAGUAAAAGAAUUUUAGGAGUUACACCUUGUUGAAAGGUAGAACUGCAAGAAUUUAGAAGCAUGAUUUGAAUGUCAAUUGUAUUAUGAAUAAAUGGUCCACUUUUUGUGUGAUGAUAAAA